AUGGAGGAGCGGGGCGGCCGCGCCGGCGGCUUCAGGAAGGACACCGUGGAUCGGCUUCUUCGCCUCCAUUUCCGGGACAGGAGGACCCGAGUUAGCGCCGACGCGCAGCUGCUGAUGGCUGAGUUGCUGAAGGUCUUCGUCCGAGAAGCGGCGGUACGGGCAGCUCGGCAGGCUCAGGCAGAGGACCUGAAGCAGGUGGAUACGGAGCAGCUGGAGAAAGUGUUGCCACAGCUGGUAUGUAACUGUGGGGCUGAACUGCGUGGGAGGAGGAUGAGCAUAUGAGCUGAAACACCUUAAUCCUAAUCUUUCAGGAGCUGUUUUGAGAACCCAGCCUCUGUCAUGACUUGCUUGCUGCUCUUUUGUUACAGCUUCUGGAUUUCUAGAAGCCCAUUUCGUGAAGCACAUCACUUGCUAGCACAGUCCUGACCUGUCAAGUGUGUCAUCCUCAACCCUGGGAUGAACAGUCUCAGCUUUUUCUUCCUCUGCCAUCUUGCAUGUUUCUUCUCCUUUACCAAGCACAACACACCCCAAAACAGCAAUGCUGUCAGAUACUGAUUUUGAGAAGAGGCUGCCACAGGCUUGUUUUGUUCAGUUGAGCACAGAACUGGUUUCCAUCUUGCUGCCUUACUCCUGUAACAGAGGCCUGUCUGUCACCACAUGGUAAGAAGCUGGUGCUUUCUCAGCUAACAUGAGAAAGAGGUGCUGCUUCAGAGAUGCAUGGAAAGACUUAAUGGCUGGAAACACCAUCCGGCUCAGGCGCUCAUUGCCUCAAGCAGGCAGCUGUCACAGCAACUCCAGGUGCAGCUCCAAGCCUUGCUCAUGAAUAGGUCAUUAACAGGAGUUUAGUCACAGGCUCUUGCCAAGAGCAGGUAACUGAUCUUUAUUUUAAAAAUAAACGGUGUCUGUCCCUCACUGCCUUCUAGUAUGUCUCCAGGGCUGUAACAUCAAAGAAUGCUUGGAACCUUUUAACCAUUCAAUAUUCUCCUCAGAGGCUGUUCCCCCUCUGCUAUAAAUUUGUUCUCACAAAGAAACAUCAGUAAGUUAGAAACAAGUCUCCCUUCCUUGUGCAGGCUCUUUGCUGCAAUUCAUCAUCAAAAGUCAAGUUUGCUUCAAAGACUUGCAGAGUUUCCCCCUCACCCACCCUCUUCCCUAAAUCUUUGAAGGACAAAAUAACAAACAGCAUGUGUGAGAAUCCCACAUUACUGGACAGCCUGGCCCCUCUGGCAGCAGGGAGGCCACUGUGAAAUAAGAAACCUCACACGUGUGGGCAGGACCCACACAACCCAGCUGGCUUUGCUGGGAAAUGCAUGGCUGGCUGCACUGAGCACAGCUGCCAGUGGUGUGGCCCAGUGCCUGCCCGCUCCUGCUGCUGGCUCGCUGCAGGAUCAGCAGCAGCUGACCCUCAGCAACAGCUGUGACAGGCAGAGGCUCAGUAGGUUGCUGUGCACUUUGAGCUAGGAGCUAUCAGGGUCAUCCCUCAGGACACCAACCACUUGGAAACCUCUCAAAAACUGCAGUUUUAGUACACGUUCUGGUAACAGUACCAGCUUAAGCAGUCCCCAGCCCUCAGCACAGCUGUACAACACAUACAAUGGAGGAACUGACCUAGUUCAGCGUUCAGCCCCACAACGAAUGGUAAAGAAAGGCAACAGCAAAAUGCCCUAAAACCCCAAGGAUGAGUUCAGCUACUACAGCAGAAGUGAUACUGAAACAAAACCAGUUCAUCAGGUAUCUGAGGUGCUGUUCUUCAGCAGAGCAGGAAUCCUUGUAGCAAGUACCUUAGUGAAGGGCCCACUGUUUUAAAUAUGAGGGUGUCCUGUCCCCCUUCAAGAAUUCACUCCUACUUCCUCGCCUUUUCCAGAUUUCAGAUCCUCAUCUCUGCCUCCACUCUUGAUGCCUACUACUGAAACAGCAGUUCCAAAGUUGCUGCCCUAAAAAGGCUCAAGUUCCCUUCCCUGACACACAGAGAACUGUUGAUGUGGAUACCCACAGUAAAGCAGAAACUGAAUAGCAGCAGCAGCUAAAAGUAACUCUUUGUAUAGGGAAAGGGGAAUAAGACCUCUUGUCUAGCUAUUGAAGGCAGCAAUUUUUCAUUAUUGUGAUUAAACUGGGUUUAAUGCAUGGCUAAGUUACACAAGGGACAAGCAUAGGCAGAAAUGCCUGAGGGAACCCAGUCAGCAAUGUAAAGCCCCUAAACGUAACCCAUUAUACUGUCCCAGGAAUACUGAUGUUGCUGCUUGCAUCUCUAAAACUUUUUUUCCCUGUCAGGGACUUGCAGCAGAUAAUUAUGGUGCUAGCCCUUUACAAAAACUGACAUAAUUAAAACAGCUAAGCAAAUCAGUUAAGCAGAUUGUACUAUUUGGUGUCACCUGUGCUCUUCAAAAAAUAAGGACUAGCACAUGUGAAGGCACAUGGCAACUUCCUCCCAACCACACUGCUUCUGCACAUUUUAAUCCUGGAAACCAAGAAUACCAGCACAAGUAUUUCACCACCUACCACUAGCAAUGGCUCCUGUUUUCCCCACAGGAUAUCCUGUAUAAGUUCAGCAAGGCAGCUCUAGCUACUGUCUACUUGUGAUGUGUGUCACAUGAAUAGGCCUGAUACAGCACCUGAACCAAGAUACCAACAGUCCUACACAGCAUAGGCUCAGCUCACACUUAAUCAACUGAAGAGUAAUAAAGUUUAAACAUUAUUUGACUGGGUUUUUUUUUUGGUUUGCUGUGGUAUGUCUUUUAUAGCCUAUCAAGUGGCAGAAGGGCUUGCUUUCCACAGGGAGGAUUUAGUAGAGGAGCUGUACACAGUGCUCUCACAUUCCCGCUGCCAGUGGCCGCGUACGUUCCCUGCUUAUGUUUGGGUGUCAUACAAGAAAUCAAUCAACAUUUUUGCUAAAGCAUUCUGCCCUCCUGCUUUCAGUAUUCCUCUUCCACCUUUCUUUCAUGCCUCCCCCUUCCUCCAAGUUUCUUCAAAGCAUCUGUGAGCAUUUGGAAGUAAUUAGACCUGAAGAGAAAUGUUGGCCAGGCAGGGAGACAAUGACAAGUGCCAGGAACCCAGGGUACCCUUUCUAGCCACUUUGAAGUCCUUCAGAUAGUACAAAGCUCCAUUUUGCUUUGUUGAAAAAAAAUGGGAGGAAGGGAACGAGGCAUGAAAGGCCAGUUGAAAAGAGGGCAGGUUCCUGUGAGCUGACAGACACACCAAGUGCCAGGGCAAUAAGCUAUCAAAGGGACAGAACAGGAGGGCCCCAUGGCCACUCUGCUUUUUUACAUCUACAAAUUGUGCAGAUGCACAUGUGAAGAAACAAGGAAAAUACAGUAUUACUGUACCAUGGAAUCCCAGCUCCCCACAGAUCACUGAUCCAUGGAGAAGACUUCAAAUAAAACCCAGCACCAUGACUGCCAUGGCACUACAGAGUUCAUCUCCAGUGUAAGGGCAAUUCUAACCAAUGUUCAUCCCCCCAACACAUCUGCAGGAGACAAAGAUCUGGAGUGGGCCUUUCCCCUGUACACUAACUGCGGUGCAGAGCACAGCUACCCCGCUUUGGAAUACUCAGGCCACCAAUCAACUGCCAUUUGAAGAGACCCUUUAACUGGAUGGGGUUUUUUCCAUGCUGUAACUAUUUACUGAUGGUAAUUGCACACAGUGAAAAUAAAACUAGAGCUUAGGACAGAAACAAGCUCAACAGGCAUUCCAAGAACAGACACCUGUGUACCUUUUUAACAAGAUUCUGGCAACUGAAUACAAUGCGAGUGCAGCAGCCAGAGUGCUUCACAGGAAAGUUCACUGAUCUGAACUGGUUGAAGUAACUUAAGUGCUUCAUCUUCAUUCAUUUUCCAGCCAUCUGUGUCCAGAAUUAUCAGUAGCAAUAACCCUAAUCACUAAGAGGCAGAGAAAAGUCUUGUUCUAGCCACCACUUAACAAUUAUAGGUAAAGCUGAACCAGAUCGUAUCUUGCUGCUAGAAUACAGGCAGCUAGACUGAAAUGAUCUCUGAAGGUGGAACUGAGAGGAUUUGAAUUCAAAAAUAUGGAUAGAAACAAAGUCCUUU